AAAAGGGGGUGGAUGUCGACAGCGUGUGCACAUCGGCAGCUGGACGCGAUGCUGCGUGCCCCCCGCGGAGGCGCGCUUGGAGCGGCCAACUUAGCCUGCCAACAAUCGUCAUGAUGUAUAUUCUCUCAUUUUCGUGCAAACUUUAGCUUAGUAGUAACUUGAUCGCCGGGAAGAUGUCCACGCCGCAACUCAACUCCUCGCCGCCCGACCAAAGCCACCUCACGGCGGCCACCACCGAUCGGACGGACGCGUCUGAGGUGACGGUGGAAGGGCGCAUCCGCCUGCUAUUCUUCGCCUUGUGCGUAACCAUCGCUGCGGCCACCUUCGUCGGCGGCGUGUACUCGCUGCUGUCCCUGCUUCAGAUGAGAAGGAAGACGUCCCUGUGUCUCAUCGUGGCGUCCAUGUCCGUGGACGACCUGCUCAGCGUGGUGCCGCUCUCCCUCUUCAUCCUCCUGCAAUGGGAACGGGACGGACGCUCGGCCAGCUUGUGCAACCUCGCCGGGCUCCUGUACGUCUUCCAAGGGCUUUCGAGCAACAUGAAGGCCUGUCUGAUCGCCGGGUACACUUUUUACGUGACCAAGAGGUUCGGGGUCCUGCGCUCCAUCCGGCGGCCCCUCCGGGUGUUGUGGGCCAUUGCCGGCGUGUGGGCGGUCAGCCUGGCCGUCAGCGUGCUGCCUUUGUGCGGAUGGGGCAGCUUCGCGCAGGCUCCCCUCGGCUGCUUCCCGGAGAGUGAAAGCUUCUACACACUGCUGCUCUGUCUUUUGUAUUCAUUGUGCUUUUGCGGUUUGCUCUUCUUCUUUCUGCCGCUCACCUACCAGCUGCUGUGCUCCGGAGAGCCGCAAAGGCGCGUGCAGGGCGCGGCGUAUUUGGAAGACGUCCGCUCGCUCUCUCGGGACAGUCUGGAUAAAAGUUUCGGCGCCUAUAACGAACUGAGCCCGAGUUCAUGCGGGACGACGUGCGAGGUCAAGGAGGGGGAGGAGGCGGGCGCAGGGUGCUCUGGGGUCAUCUGCCGGAAAAAGUCGGCGGCUGUGGGGGACUCGCCUGUGGUGUUUGCGCAAAAACGCUUCUCCAUGAUCCUGGCGGUUGUCAGGGUUACGCUGUGGAUGCCGAUGAUGACUCUGAUGCUGGUGCGCCACGCCGCUAACGCACGCAGCUCAUCCCUCGAGACGCUCGGCUUCUUCCUGACGUUGCUGGCGCCUGCCGUCACGCCGCUCUUCGUGCUGUCCAAGCGCUGGAUCCACAUGCCGUGCGGCUGCUUCAUUAACUGCAACCGUGAGCCCGCGCCCGACCCUUCAGCAAUGAAAAGAAGAUUCGAAUUCAACCUUUCCCUCCAGAAAGGCUGCGGCGUGUUCAAGCUAUCUCACCCUAACAUGUCUCUCGCCGACACGCCGGCCGAGAAGCGAGCCUACCACAGCCUCUUCGACAGCCAUUUUACAAACAACCGUCUAGAUGCGCUGGAAACUGCUGGGCUCUGCAGCUUGGGCCCGAAUUUUCCUUUCAGCGCCACACUGCCCGUGGACAGCUCCUUUCAUCCGGACCUCUUAUUAGAAGACUUUGGCAGCGGCGGAGAAGCCCUGGCUGAUUGCCCUCCGCUGCCCCGCGAGAAUCACGGAGGUGAGGAGGGCCUCCGUGACGUCCCCUCGCUUCGUCUUAAUCAGCGGGAGGAGGAACGCAGUCUCACAGACACCUCGUCUGUGUUCGAGGGCUCGGAGAGGAGGCUGUCGCAUGAAGAGUGCCGGAAAAUCGAGUUGACCGAUUGGGAGUGGUGCAGGAGCAAAUCGGAGCGAACGCAAAGACAGAGGUCACCAGCCAGUCUGUCCAUCCCGCUGUGCGCUUUCCAGGGAACUGUGUCCCUGCAAGCCCCCACUGGGAAGACCCUCUCUCUGUCCACCUAUGAGGUUAGCAGCGAUGGAUUGAAAAUCUCCCCCAAAAAUUCCAAGAGGGUGGAGGUGUAUCGCUCCAAAUCGGUUGGCCACGAGCCCAGUGCAAAUGACAAAGCGUCAGGUGACCACACAGGCGAUGUAAACUUCAACGGCGUCAGUAUGGGACUGGACAUCGGAUUGGGAAUGGGAACCGGGGUAGGGGACACCAAUGUCAAAAUCCACCUGGAGGUCUUGGAGAUCUGUGAUAAUGAGGAGGCCAUGGACAGCGUCUCCAUCGUGUCAAACAUCAGCCAGUCGUCCACGCACGCCCGCUCGCCGUCGCUGCGCUACUCACGUAGGGAAAAUCGUUUUGUUUCCUGCGACCUGGGCGAGACGGCUUCCUACUCCUUGCUCAUCCCCACCACCGGCAACCCGGAAGCUGAGUCCAUCAACAUCACCAUACCCGACACGGUGGAGGCCCAUCGGCAGAACAGUCGCAAACAGACGCAAGGGAGCUCGGGAUAUCAAGAGGAAAUACAACUGCUCAACGAAGCCUACAGAAAACAAGCGGGAGACUCCGAGGACUGAAAUUCUGCUUGUUCUGGUGAAGGUAAAGAAAAAAAAUGGCCUUUCACUUGACUCAAGCAGAGAUUAAUAGAUUCGGACGUGUCUUAGAGGUGACGUUAUGGUCACAUGUUUGAUAUCACCAAUGAGGGGAGGGGUCAGCUGACCCGUGAGUCUGACUCAUCCCUGUUUUCAGUGUUUCAUUACAAAAAAGUCGCCUUGACCACAUGGAUGCAGACCUCAUGAUGGUAAUGGGUUUUGAUGGGGCCGCCACAAUCGUGUGUUUCGCCGUUGCUCGCUAGUGCGCCGUAUUUGUUUUAAUCAUGCCGUGUUUCUCCUCUGCAUCCAUUAUGUAUCGCACGGUCAGUGUUUUUGCUAGCAAAUGAAAAGACUGCAGGUUUUUUUUUUUUGCACAAAAGAAUGUACAAUAUCUUUUUUCCUAAUCACAGGAAAAAAUUGGGGCUCACUUCCUAUCCAAUCACUGCAUGCUUAAAUCCACAACUGAGGUUCCAGAAGUCAUUUUGUGCAAUUUAACACCAAAUUGAAUUCUUAUAUUGUUGCCGCCCAUUCUAUCAGAACCAAAUAUGCCUUCAUCUUCCCCAGAUGGCAAAUGUGUGUGUACGUAAAAACAGAAUAGGUAUUUGAAAAUUCAUUAUGAGAAACUGCCUACGGACGAGACUGCUGAGAAUUUCUAUUUUCCAGCGAUGUCGUGAUGUAUGACAAUUGUGGAAUUCUGCCAUUUUGGCUUUUAAUGGUGCCCAAGGUUCAGAGUGGAGCAGCGUAGCGGAAUUGAUAUGUUGUUAAUCGCUGAUCCAUUCAUGCCUUACUUUUGAUUAAUAUUUGUGUUAAAUUGAUCAGUAAGUGUUUUGCUUUCUUUUAGGCUUUGGGCAUCGGGCUCAUGAGUGUCUGCAUGUUUAUUCGUUCACGCCAGCCAUCUGGUUCGACACACAACUGGGAUUCCUUAUUGGAGGAAAAAAUAAA